GCCGGUCUUGACAAUCAUCGCAACGGCCAACGAAAGCAGUUACAGUGUUGUCGUUCCAGUGUUUGGAGUUAAAUCGACGCUUUCACAAUCUUUUACAAUAUUUCACAAUCGUACCCUCCUCUCAAUCUAUUGUCAAUAAUAAAAUACCCGUAGCUCAUUAGCACUCAUAUAGCAAUUGUUAAUUAAUCGAAACGGAGCCCAGCAUAUUCAACCAUUUGAGGAGAUCAAAUAGUGCAUCGAAAAGAAGUUGGUCAACAAAGCAACAGCUCUGUCCACAAACUUUCACAAGCGUCAAGUCUUCUCAAGUGGUCAAAACGAGCGGGAGCGGAUUGUACUCGGAUCUUAAUUUUUCGGAUCUCAAUUUCCGGUAAAACCCCCCGAGAUGGCCGGCAGAAACGACUGGGAUUAUACAAGAAAUGGUCCCAGUACGUGGGUGGAGAGAUUCCCAAUGGCAGCGGGAUCUAGACAAAGUCCUGUCAACAUCGAAACUGAUCGGGCUGAGUCUGAUCACGAGGCCCUGAGCAACAAACCGCUCAGAUGGAAAUAUCCGGCUUCUGCAUCGAAAAAACUUGUCAAUCCGGGAUAUUGCUGGCGCAUUGACUGCGAUGGUGAUGGAACGCUUUUGACGGGGGGUCCAUUGAUGGAUGAUAUUUACAAGCUUGAGCAGUACCAUUGCCACUGGGGCUGCAGUGAUUCCAGAGGAUCAGAACACACUGUCGAUGGACAAGCAUUUGCUGGCGAAUUGCAUCUGGUUCAUUGGAACACAACGAAGUACCGGAGCUUUGGCGAAGCAGCUAAAGCACCAGACGGGCUCGCAGUUCUCGGUGUUUUUCUCAAGGUGGGAAAAACUCAUGAGGAAAUGGACAAAAUAGCGCGAAUGUUGCCCUACGUCUCUCACAGGGAUGAGAUGAUCGAAAUUGACGAUCCAAUUGAUCCCAGCAAACUUCUUCCUGUACGAGGUGGACGUGCCGGUAGAUGCAUUAACCCAUGCAUGAGAUGGGCAGACAGAAUAAUACGACCCGAUAACAAGUGUGACUUCCAAGACGACAAUGGCUACUGGACUUAUCUCGGAUCAUUGACCACCCCUCCCUGCAACGAGAGUGUCACCUGGGUGCUAUUCAAGAAAUACAUCGAAGUGUCCCACCACCAGCUCAACAUAUUCCGCAAUUUGAGAAAAUUCCCGCGAGGUGGGGAGUGUCCCUGCCAUGAGAAUCAUGGAGUGGUCAUCAAUAAUUUCCGUCCACCACUACCUCUGGGCAAUCGAGUGUUACGCGAAUGUGGAAGCUUGUAAGAUGCAUCGAAACAUGAAAAGAUGCUGAAUAUUUUUUUUGGGAAUAUUGACUACCUAUUUUUGUCGGCUAUCACGGGGGGGUUUGACGAAACGAACGGGAGAUAGUAUUAAUAUGUCAAUGUUGUCGAUAAUAUAGAGUGAAAUAAUGAAAUAGAUGAAUCCAGUGAAUUCAGCUUGUUGAUGAAUCACUGGUAUAUACUAAAUUUAAUCCAGAAGUGCUUUAAAUAUACAUUUUUCAAUUAAUUCAAUGAGAAUCAUAUACUUUUUUACGUAUUUAUAACAGACUAUUUUUAUAAACCGUGGCAAUAAUUUACAGUAAUUGGAGGAAAAGUGUCGCGAACACAUUUUUCAUAGAUAUAUUUUUUUCUAAAAAAAAAAAAAAACAAUAAUUACCGAACUGGGGUAU